AAGUAUUUUCCUAGGGCAACUCAUCGUUUCCAGAUGGUGUUGCAAGCACAAUGGGUUCUUCCUCGAGAUUGCGACGCUGCCAUGGAAACGCUAGCACAGACUCUACUAGAUCACGGCCAGGAGCAUCUUUUCGAGGGUUGGCCAGAGCCGGGAAUCGGCGACGAUGACAAAGCGAGAUUUUUCAAUCAGGUGAAGAAGCUAGACGCGAACUAUCCAGGCGGAUUAGUGGCAUACAUUGACAAUGCUCGAAAGCUACUGGCGGAUUCUAAAGCCGGUAGAAAUCCUUUCGAUGGCUAUGUCCCAUCGGUUCCUUCUGGCGAGCGUCUUUACUAUGGAGACGAACGCUUUGUUCGUUUCGAAGAGGCCGGUGUUAAGGCAGCGUCUAACGCAGCGUUCGUGUUAGUUGCCGGUGGACUUGGUGAGCGUCUAGGCUAUACUGGAAUCAAGGUAGCAUUACCUUCCGAAACAACUACAGGAACCUGCUUUUUGGAACUCUACAUCAAGAACAUUUUGGCGCUACAGGAAUUUUCCUCCGCUACACGUCCAAUUCCCUUUGUAAUUAUGACAUCCGACGACACUCACGCAAUGACUGAAAAGCUUCUCAAGGAAAACAAUUUCUUUGGAAUGGAUCCAAGCCAAGUAACUCUUCUGAAACAGGAGAAAGUCGCGUGCUUGGCUGAUAAUUUUGCUAGAUUAGCUCGGAAUCCUUCUGACAAGUAUUCUAUCCAAACGAAGCCGCACGGCCACGGAGACGUACAUGCUGUUCUUUACUCAAGCGGCAUUCUUUCCAGAUGGAAACUGUCCGGAGUCAAGUGGCUUAUAUUUUUCCAGGACACAAACGGACUGCUGUUCAAGGCAAUACCUGCGUCAUUAGGCGUCAGUGUUACAAAUGACCUGGACGUAAAUUCUUUGGCUGUUCCACGUAAGGCAAAAGAGCCGAUCGGAGGAAUAGCUCGGCUGACACACACAAACGGUUUGAAAAUUGCUGGUUUACAAUCUGUUCGUGCUGACCGUGGAACAGGAUCUGAAAUGGUCAUCAAUGUCGAGUACAAUCAACUUGAUCCUUUGCUACGUAAUACCGGAUACGAAGACGGAGACGUAAAUGACGAGACUGGAUACUCUCCAUAUCCAGGAAACAUCAACCAGCUCGUGUUAAAGCUCGACUCUUAUUUGGAGGAGCUCACCAAGACAAACGGCGCCAUCGUUGAGUUUGUCAAUCCAAAAUACAAAGAUGCGGGCAGGGAAGAAUUUAAAUCCUCUACGAGGCUCGAGUGCAUGAUGCAAGACUAUCCAAGAACAUUGUCGCCUUCGGCAAAAGUUGGCUUCACGGUUAUGGAUACAUGGCUGGCAUAUGCACCCGUGAAGAACAACCCGGAGGAUGCUGCAAAGGUUCCGGAAGGAAAUCCUAGACACAGUGCAACGACUGGCGAAAUGGCAAUCUACAAAGCCAACAGCCUCAUCUUGAAGAAGGCUGGCGUGAAGAUUGGGAGCCCCACAAUCGAGACUUUCAACGGGCAAGAGGUGGAGGUGUGGCCGCGAGUGGUGUGGAGUCCGAGCUGGGGGCUUACGUCCUCGGACGUGAAAAGAAAGAUCUCUGGUUCUUGCGAGAUCACGCAAAGAUCCACUCUAGUCAUUCGAGGCGCGAAUGUGUCGUUCAAGGACCUCUACCUGGACGGUGCUCUUGUCAUUGACGCGAGCAAGCACUCUGAGGUCGAGAUCCACUCGAUCAGAGUUGUCAACGAUGGCUGGGAGUUUCAAAAGGUGGGCUCCAAAGACGUGUCAGUGCCUGAGCAAUAUAGAAUCCGGGGAUUUAUUACUAAGCAACUGGACCACAAGGAGCUGGAAUUCGAUCUUCCAGGGAGCUAUUUAAUCGCAUGCGAUGACACGGAUGAGCUAAGCGGGCGAAGAGGCGAAGAGGCGAACGCCUUCGCUUAGAAAACGAGAAAUAAAAGCUUAAUUAUCUGCGCGCUUUGUACAUAGCAAGUCGACGGUGCGUAUUCGUGGUUCGAUCAUUCCUGCCAGAAAAAUAAUCCCAAUUAUGGCAACAAAAGAAAACAAUUUAAGCUUA